AUGGUAUCCCCAAAAAAAACAAAAUGUUUGGUGUGCACAUACUUUUGAAACACACUGUAUAAAAAGACUGACGCAAUGAGGGACGGAAUUACAACGCUACGAAACGCAGCACGGUUACGAGACGAACUCCACAUUGUGCCACGGUCAGCGAUGAGCAAACACGACGAAUCGCCAUAUAUUAUUGCUCCAGAGCAAGUGAUACUUCUCGUCCAACACGGAUAUGGCCGAGUAAGAACGCUGAAGCGACUUCCUCCGUGUACCUCCGAGCAAGGUCACAUUUCCGGAGAUGAAUCUUCCUCCGAGAGCGGAGAGGAGCCUGUUGGAGCGGUUGUCGCUGGAAGGAAUACGAAAGCUUUGGAGAAAAACGGAACGGAAGAUGACUGUUCUGCUACAAAACAAAAGACUACAAAACGAGACAUUGCUAGAUUUGAGACUUCAAGAAAACAAAUUUCGGAGGCUGUAUCACCGAAAAGGAAAGCGGAAUCUUCAGAAGAUGCUGGGAUGGUCAAUCUUAUGAAAAUCAAUUGCGAUGAGGAAAUCUACCAAUGGUUGGACGAGUUCGAUAUACCGGUUCCGUGCACUCGCGAAUUUCGCGCGAGGCAGCUGGUAUACUAUGAUUUGUGGAGCAGAGGCUACUAUCUUACUAGUGGCGAACAGUUUGGUACAACAUGGCUAGUUUAUGAAGGCGCACCCGGUGACGUGCAUGCAGCAUUUCUAGUAGACUUUAUGUUGGAUGACCAGGUGACCGGGAUGUCAAGUUUGAUUGCUCUAAUUCGAGUAGCAGUUCAGGUGAAGAAGACCAUGGUUCUUGCCGUUGUAUCGAGUGACAGAAUUGAGCCGCAUUACAUCACCAUGGAUUGGCCAACUGUUGGUAGCCAUGUCAUAACCUUUCGUGGAAGAAUGAAUAGCUACUGCAUUGUUGAGACCGUGUGA